AUGGCUGCGGCCUCUUUAGGAGGAGCAUACGCCAAACUCGAUCUUUCUUCCACUUCCAAUGUCGUUGUAUACUGGGGUCAGAACUCGUUCAGAGGAAAUGGAGAAUUGGCACAACAGCCACUUGGGUAUUAUUGUAAUGAUGAGAAGAUCGAUGUCAUCGUACUCGCAUUUCUUAUGAUGGUUAAUGGUUCAGGGGGUGCGCCAGAGAUAGACUUUUCCAAUGCAAAUGAUAAUUGCACCACCUUCGAUGGCACAAACCUCCUGAAAUGUCCCCAGAUAGGUGCGGAUAUCGACACCUGCCAAAAGAAGGGCAAGACCAUCCUUCUGUCGAUUGGUGGUGCUACCUAUAGUGAGGGAGGCUUUGAAUCCGAAUCUGCCGCUAAGGCUGGUGCAGACCUGCUCUGGCAGACGUUUGGUCCUCCCACAACGCAGGGCCCACUGUUGAAUGCCUCCUCUCGUAACGGAACGUCUCGCUACCGGAACGGUCGUCUCAACCGUCUCAAUGGCACUGAUAUCCACGCAGUCCGAGCUAAUUCCACAACGACCCGUCGACCAUUCGGUGAUGCGACCAUUGAUGGAUUCGACUUCGAUUUCGAGGCACCUGUCAAGAAUAUGGCACCAUUCGCGAACCGGCUUCGCGAAUUGUCGGACGCGGACAAAUCCAAGCAAUACUUUCUAACUGCUGCACCACAAUGUCCGUACCCAGAUGCCGCGGACAAGGAUAUACUCAACGGGCCUGUAUCCAUUGACGCAGUAUUCGUUCAAUUCUACAACAAUUGGUGCGGAGUCAACUCUUUCUCAGCGGGCCAACAAACGCAAAGCAGCUUCAACUUUGAGCAAUGGGACAACUGGGUGAAAACUGUAUCUCAGAACAAGAAAGCUAAGGUCUUGCUUGGUGUCCCAGCAAACACGGGUGCCGCGAGUACGGGUUACAUCCCAGCGUCGCAGCUGGAGCCGGUGAUCGCAUAUAGCAAGUCGUUUGAGAGUUUUGGAGGCGUUAUGAUGUGGGAUGUUUCUCAGGCCUACGGCAAUACGGGUUUCUUGGAUGGCGUGAAAGGCGCUCUGAACAACUCCACAGCACACCUUUUACGCCAUGGAUAUCGCCUUCCCUCAUUUUAUCCUGUGAUAGGUCGAUAG